UGGGCGGUCAUUUGCAAGGGAGGUGGAAAGAGGUGGAAGGCCCCGUGGAGGAUGGGGAAAACACGUUGGCAGGGGUCUCGUAAUGGUGAUAAGCGCGUAUUCUGAGAUGCCGGGCACAGAGAUCACGCAGCACAGCAAGACAGAUAACGCGCAACGCCAAUAUCCGCCGCCCAUAAAAAGAGAGGAACGUGGACAAGCAGCCCCUCAUCCUCCCACCACGGACACCCACACUAACACAACCAAAAACGCCGACUUCAAUCUCCGGAAGUUAUCUGACAAAUUCAACCGGCAACCCUCGAGAGCAGAACGACCAGCAUGGCUAUCGCCGAGAACACUUCAACCGAGCCCCCGAGCUCGCCGUCUCCUGCCUCAACCCCUACACCACCCACAGGCACCAUUCUCGGCGCUCCGGCCAUUGCCGUUGCUACCCCGCUAACUCCACCGCGAGCCAUACGGGCUCCCUUGGACAUUGAGACGCACCCAGCAACCCCGCCAGAGACGGUCGCCCACGGCCUGACCGAACACGUAGAGGACGCCUUUGCCGCGCUUGCCCUCGCAGCCGCUGCCUCUGCCUCCGAGUCAAAACGCAGGUCGUCCACAAAACCCACCUCUGCUGCGCGCCGUGUUCGAACCAGCAGCGAGACGACCGACCACGACCUCCAUGCCUCAGUCACAUCCUAUGUCGGCGCCUGCCACGCUCGCGAGCAACUCCGCCACCACCUCUUGAAAGAGCGCCAAAAAGCGGAGCUGCAGCACCAUCAGCAAUUCCAAUCCUACCGCCGCUGGUACCUCCAACGCGACUCGCUCGCCCGGCGCCUGAAAGUCGGUAAGGAAGGCUCCCGUCGGCGGCGACGCUUCGAUAAUGAUCAUUUCACCGACCACCCGAUCGUCUCGCAGCAUAAACAUGAUGCGGAUUUCAUGACCAGGGGCGAUUUGCUACCCGGGUUGGAUAUGCCGCGGCCGCCUGGUGUUUUUGCACGGUUACCAAGGAAGGUGUUGGCGGAUCUACCGACCGAGGGGUCCUGGAAUGCCGGGAAGGAGGAGAAUGUCUCUAAGGAGGCGGCGGUGGGCGAGGCCAACCUCACGCGACUGGAUCGCCGGUUAAGGAGCCAGAUUCGCCGUAGUGCGUCGGCGAGGGAGGUUGUGCGGAUGUUUGAGGAAAGGAUUCUCGAGAAGUUCGUGCCGCUGGAUGGGUCGCCGUUGGCCAAGUCUGCUGACGAGAACUCGUCGUCUUCCUCGUCCGAUGAGGAUUCGCUUGACAUUGAGGCGGAGUAUGAGAUCAUCAUCCGGGAGGUGGACCUUCCGCCUUCCAAACAGGCCGCGCCGGUGGAUUCCCGACCUCCUGUGGAGGAAACACCUGUCACUGUCCAACCCGCCCCCGAACCGCAAUCUUCACCACAAGCCACCCUCUGCCUGGAGAUCACAAACACCUUCUUGCGACUCAUCGUCCACGCCAUGUGUCGCUACUACCGUCUCGUCUCGCGAAGCAUAGACCACACCUCGGGCACCCGCCUAACCAUCAUCGAGCACCCCCUUUCUGUCAUGUCACCCUUGGUGUCCUCGUCGACGACGCUGAAAGAUGUGGCGACGCAUAUCCAGUUCCCGAUGCCGUGUCGCUCGUUCUUUGAUUACGUGUUUGCGUAGUGAGGGAUGUGGGCGUGGCGGUGGUGGUAGUGUGAGCC